AUGGCUGGUUGGGGGACGGGGGAAAGAAGUGGGGAACUGGUGGGGGGUGGGGGAACGGAUGAAAGGGGUGGUGGGAUGGGGGAGAAAGGGGUGAAGAGGGGGAAUAAGGGUGGGGAAUUGAUAGGAGGUGGGAGGAUGAGGGAAAGGGGGUGGGGAAUUGAUGGGGUGGGGAAUUGGUGGGGUGGGGGAAGGUGGGGAUGGGGGGUAAGGGAACGGGGGAGAUUGGCUCGGGGUGAAGGGAAAUGGGGGGAGGGGCUGAGGAGUGAGGGGGACGGGGGAGAAUGGGCUGGUGCAGGGGGUAGGGGGUAG